AUGUCGAAGCACGCUGCAUCCGGUAUCGCCAGCUCCCGACGCAAGUCGAGAAAGGCUCACUUCGGCGCUCCCUCGUCGGUCCGCCGCAACAUCAUGUCUGCCCCUCUCUCCAAGGAGCUCCGUGAGAAGUACAACGUCCGCAGCAUCCCCAUCCGCAAGGACGACGAGGUCACCAUUGUCCGUGGCUCCAACAAGGGCCGUGAGGGCAAGGUCACCUCCGUCUACCGUCUCAAGUACGUGAUCCACGUCGAGCGUGUCACCCGUGACAAGGCCUCCGGCCAGUCCGUUCCUCUGGGCAUCCACCCCUCCAAGGUCGUCGUCACCAAGCUCAAGCUCGACAAGGACCGUGAGUCCAUCCUGGAGCGCAUCAAGGUCGGCCGUGAGCUCCGCGCCAAGCAGCAGAAGGCUUAA